AUGAAUAACCACAGGUUAGAAAUAGAGUUAAGGGGUCUUAGGUCCAACUUGGUGAACUUGCCUAAUGAUCUUUGUACUAUCUUGUUCAACGCAGACAUAAAAGUGCAAGAUGUUGUGAUUGAAAUUGUAGCUGCUAAAGGUCAAAAAUGGUAUGCUGGCUGGUCAGGCCAAGUAUCUGGAGCUCCUAAGACGUUGGAAAUGGAUCCAACUUUUGCUCAAUCUUUACAAUUGUCAGGGAAAGAGAAAAUCACGGUUAAUCUAAAGUUGAACCCCUUUGAGUCCUCAGAGGUAAUAGUGGAACCGGUAUCAUCAUCUGAUUGGGAAUUGACCGAGUUACAUUCUCAAACUAUUCAAGAUAAAUUGUUAUCACAGACUAGAUGUGUGGCCUUACAUCAGCCAUUGAUUGCAUAUCCAACCCCAACUACUUGUGCUCAUUAUAUCGUAACUGAUUUGGGUAAUCCAGAAAUGACGUUUGUAAAGUUGGCCCCCUUUUGUGAUUUGGCAAUUAAACCUAAAAUGAGAGUAAAGAAGUCUGAUUUUACUCCUGCUAAAUCAGUGAAAAGUGUUGCCUCAAACGAUGAUAGUGCCAAUAAUCCAAGCGUGGUGAAGAGAGGAAUAUCUUUACCUCAUAAUCUUUUUGAAAUUUGUUCUAUUGUUGAUUAUGAAGUUUAUGUUAAUGGAGAAGAAGUGAUGCAUGUGCUCGAACGUCCUGAAUUUGUUCUGGUGGCCAUUGUUCCUGGACCAACAUAUAAAUGGAAUAGGGCUCCAGCAGCAUCAGAAACUAAAGAUAAGGAAAAGGAAAAUGUUACUGCUGCUGUAUUAAAUGAAAACAAGCGAGUCAUUGCUAAGCUUGUACAUUUUCCUUCUGCUCCAAAAAACACAAUUGGGUUAUCAGAGAAGCUUGCCAUUGCAUUGGGUGUAGAAAAUGAAGUAGGAUCAAUGGUUCUGCUUCUGUCUGCGGUUUCAUGUGUGUCCAAAAGACCAGGUACUUUUACUAUUCAUCCGUACAUCACUGCUACAAGAAGAAAUAAUCAACUUAGUUUGAAUGAAAGAAAGGAGGAAGCCACUAGAUUGGCAGAUGCGUUAACCAAUUAUUUCUAUAAAGGAAAAACUCCGUUAAGUGCUUCUCCACUUACAAACUAUUUGAAAUUACCCAUUAUACCUGGCAUUUUACCACAUGGUGGACUUUUGAAGUUUAAAAGAAAUGAUGCAUAUUCUACUUGGGUUAAACCCCAUAAUGGUAAGAAGCCAUCUAAAAUUGAAAUUGGUGAAGAGUUGUUGAGAAGUGUGUCGUUUAUUCAGGAAUUUAGAAUUGAAUCUAAUUAUUCAAAUGAAGCUAUUGGUUUGGAUUCAAUCAUUAGUGGGAUUGUGGACUCUAUUGCAAUUUCUCCCAACAGCAGUACCCUUGUACAUGGGAACGCAGGUAGUGGGAAAACACUUAUACUUCAACUGGUAUCAGAGAAACUUAAUUCAGAGCAUGGAUAUCAUACCAAAUACAUUGCGUGUGAGACAAUUAUGAAUGAAAAUGCCAAUCAAUUAAUGGGGAGAUUCACCAAAUGGAUUCAGGAAUGCAAUUGGAGCAAACCAUCUUUGUUAAUUUUGGAUAAUUUGGAUAAGAUCUUACCUUGUGAAAUCGAGCAUGGCGAUUCUGGUGUAUCAGUUCAAUUAUCUGAAUUUUUAAUCAGUCAAAUACAAAGAGUACAGGCUCAGAAUCAUAGCAAUUUAUCCCUUUUGCUAUCUUCAACAUCAAAGGAAUCAUUAAACAAGCUACUUUUGCAAUGUCAUUUGGUAGAUGACUUUCUUCAUUUGUCAGCUCCUGAUAAGAAUAUUAGACUGCAAAUAAUUGAAACCUAUUUGGGAACUAAAUUGAAUUGUGAAAUCAAAUUUGAUGUGAUGGAUGCUGUAUCUGAAACCGAAGGCUAUUUACCAAAUGAUUUGAAGAUUCUUUGUGAUAGAAUAUUCCAUGAAGUUUUGGUUGAAAAAGCUCAAAAAAAGAUUCCAACUUUAGCUGCAACUAAGAAGCAUCUCGAAAAGGCAAUCAUAGGGUACGUGCCAUCAAAUUUACGGGGAGUUAAAUUAGAGAAAUCUUCCACAUCUUGGGAAGAUAUUGGAGGUUUGAAGGGAGCAAAGGAUUUACUAUUGGAAACUUUGGAAUGGCCUACGAAAUAUGCUCCAAUAUUUGCCAAUUGCCCAUUAAGAUUAAGAUCCGGUAUUCUUCUUUAUGGGUACCCUGGGUGCGGUAAGACUCUCUUAGCAAGUGCAGUUGCUGGUCAAUGUGGAUUGAACUUUAUCUCUAUCAAAGGUCCCGAAAUAUUGAAUAAGUAUAUCGGUGCUUCUGAACAAUCUGUUAGAGAAUUGUUUGAAAGAGCCCAAGCUGCCAAACCGUGUAUUUUAUUUUUUGAUGAGUUUGAUUCCAUUGCCCCCAAGAGGGGUCAUGAUUCUACAGGAGUAACUGAUAGAGUUGUUAAUCAAAUGUUAACACAAAUGGAUGGUGCAGAAGGAUUGGAUGGAGUAUAUGUUCUUGCUGCAACAAGUAGACCAGAUUUAAUAGAUUCGGCCUUAUUACGUCCAGGUAGAUUGGAUAAGAGUGUGAUCUGUGACAUGCCUAACUAUGAAGAUCGUUUGGAUAUUUUAAAAUGUGUUGCUGCAGAUAUGGAUUUUGAAGAUGACGUUAACCUUAGAGAAAUAGCUGAAAAGACUGCGGGAUUCAGUGGUGCAGAUAUGCAAGGAUUAGGUUAUAAUGCUUAUUUGAAGGCAGUCCAUGUCAAAUUAUCCAAAGAUGAAGAACAAUUAAUGGUCGGAGCUUCUGCUUCUUCUGGAGAUGAAAAUACAAGAGAAUUUUUAUAUGUUAGCUCAGAGAAGUUGAAGAAGGCAAGUCUUCGGCCAUCAGAACGAUUGCAAAUUCUUAAGCAAAUUGAACAAAUUUUCAAUAGCAAAAACACUGAAAACAAUAAGAACAAGACUUCCAAUAAUGAUGUCAAGAUUCCUAUUUCCCAUCAGAACUUUGUUGAUUCCUUAGAAGAAACAAAACCUUCAAUUUCGGUCAAGGAAAGGUUGAAGUUGGACAACAUUUACAGUCAAUUUGUUUCUGAUAGAGACGGUAAUAUGCCAGAUGGAUCUGCCAGUAAUGAUAUUGGGGCUCGGACCUCACUUAUGUAA